AUGCUGCACGAUCUAAAAGAAAUUAAAAACCAGCGGUCCCCGCGCGACUUUGGCAAGGCCGGGGUUGGCACGCGCAUGCGAUCGCCGCCUGCGAAACAACUAAAACCCGUACGGCUAAAUGACCAGGUUACCUACCAGCCGAUUCUGGCGCAGACGCAAGGCCUCUUGCGCAUGCGUUCCAAGUUUGGAGCGAUGGUGUGGAUGGAAAUUGCAGCUUCCUCUGUGAUGCAGCAGGCCUCGUAUGGGCGAAAGCAGCGGAUGGUCAUCGCCAUUUCGGGCCGUCCACGACGCAUGGCCGGGAAAAAUGUGCAGACCCACCAAAGCGAUGGCCUUCCCCUAGCGCGACCUACAGGCCCUCCUGUCCCUUCUGAGUCGAGACCCAUGUGGCUGGCUUUGUCCAUGACAGGUGUUGUCAUUUCAUGGCUCGAGACAGAGACGCUAGAGAGUAUCCACACGACUAUUGUCCAAACAUGUAUCCGCCAAGGCUAUGUUUUACCGGUUUUGUUGGAUGCCCAAGCCAUGCAAGCAGCGCAGCAGUGGCUUCAGUCUUCGUCAUCAAAGCCUAUGAGUCUGCUCUCGCGCAUUUGUACAACACAAAUGGUGCUGACAUGGAUUCCUGCUGCAUGGGGUCAGGCCGCCGAUAUUCUCAGACCCCUUGGCGCGCAUGUAUUGGUGCGCAUUGAUAUGCCUUCGGGGGCGGACAAAGACUUGGUACAAAACAAACCGAUGGACCCGCCGCCUGCCUUCCUGGAUAUACCAAGGGACCUGCACCCUGUGCGUCGACCCUUGGGUCCAGAUGAGACGCUUUCGUCCACGUUAGCACCCCCUACGAUACCAUUGCAUAUGAAAACAUGGCAGCAUAAUGACGUUACUAUGCCUCCUUAUUCAUAUACCCCCAACACGACCAUGAUGCCGCAACUCGCAUGGAAUACUGGAAUGCCCAUACCCUUACACACACCUGUGAUACCCCUGGGCAAAGAGAAAGAAUGCUCGGCCUCGAUGAUGAAACCCGCUACAGUAAUGGAAUUAAAUGGCUCAUCGAGUAUUUCGCCGUCAUUUGUGCUCCAAGCACCGACGACAGUACCUUCGCAUUCUGUGCCAGAGCUGUACAGUAUGUACGACCCUGUGUUGGGAGCCACACCUAGCCCCAUGUCUCUUCCCUCGUCUACCACUGUGUCUGAACCUUCUCUGUUGGGCGAUUCCAUGGAGCCUGGCAAUUGUGCGUCUUCGGCGCCACCGGUGUCAGACUUUUCUAUGGACCAAACGCUGACCACUGAGAGCAUAGACAUGUUCCAACUCCCUCUGUGGUCGUUUGGGUCGGACAAUCCUACGCAUCCCCGAGACGAAUGUAUGACUAUGGGAACCCAUCAAUGA